GAGCCAGAAGCAGCAGCGGCGGUUCAGGUCAGCAGUCAUCCCUGCAUAUCUAUAUUCCCUUUUCUUAAUUUAGCCACUUUAAGCUUCGCGAUACCGCCCCCAAUUUCAGCGUCGGUACGGAGCCGCCAGGCCGGGACAGAGACGGAGAGAGAGGCCUCGGCCAUGGAAGCGCUCGGACCCGGCCCGCCCGCCCCAGCGUCUCUGUUCCAGCCUCCUCGGCGUCCCGGCCUUGGCACGGUGGGGAAACCCAUCCGGCUCCUUGCCAACCACUUCCAGGUGCAGAUUCCCAAGAUUGAUGUCUAUCAUUAUGAUAUCGACAUCAAACCUGAGAAACGGCCUAGGAGGGUCAACAGAGAAGUGGUGGACACAAUGGUGCGGCACUUCAAGAUGCAAAUCUUUGGAGACCGACAGCCAGGUUAUGACGGGAAGAGGAACAUGUACACAGCACAUCCACUGCCAAUAGGAAGAGACCGGGUGGAUCUGGAAGUGACGCUGCCAGGGGAGGGGAAGGAUCAGACGUUCAAGGUGUCAUUGCAGUGGGUGUCUGUGGUCAGUCUUCAGAUGCUACUGGAAGCUCUGUCAGGUCACCUGAACGAGGUUCCAGAGGACUCUGUUCAGGCUCUGGAUGUCAUCACACGUCAUCUUCCUUCCAUGAGGUAUACACCAGUGGGGCGUUCGUUUUUCUCACCUCCUGAGGGCUACUACCAUCCACUGGGAGGUGGCAGGGAGGUUUGGUUUGGUUUCCAUCAGUCUGUCCGUCCUGCCAUGUGGAACAUGAUGCUGAACAUCGAUGUGUCUGCCACCGCUUUCUAUCGGGCUCAACCUGUGAUUGAGUUCAUGUGUGAGGUACUUGACAUCCAGAACAUCAACGAACAGACCAAACCACUGACCGACUCGCAACGUGUAAAAUUCACCAAGGAAAUUAGAGGUUUAAAAGUUGAAGUCACACAUUGUGGACAGAUGAAGAGAAAGUAUCGAGUUUGCAAUGUGACCCGUCGUCCUGCCAGCCACCAAACGUUCCCCCUACAGCUGGAGAAUGGUCAAGCCAUGGAGUGCACCGUAGCCCAAUAUUUCAAACAGAAGUACAAUCUGCAGCUAAAGUAUCCUCAUUUGCCCUGUCUGCAAGUCGGCCAGGAACAGAAGCACACCUACCUUCCCCUGGAGGUCUGUAACAUCGUAGCAGGCCAGCGCUGCAUCAAGAAGCUCACUGACAACCAAACAUCCACCAUGAUCAAAGCUACCGCUCGCUCAGCCCCCGACAGACAAGAGGAGAUCAGUAGACUGGUGAAAAGCAACAGCAUGGUUGGGGGUCCAGACCCUUACCUGAAGGAGUUUGGCAUCGUGGUCCACAACGACAUGACCGAGGUCACGGGACGUGUUCUCCCAGCACCCAUGCUGCAGUAUGGGGGCCGGGUGAGUACAGACACUGGGCGGGACUGUGGCAGGGGACUCUCUCCGCAGAACAAGACCGUCGCCACACCCAAUCAGGGCGUGUGGGACAUGAGAGGAAAGCAGUUUUACGCUGGUAUCGAGAUCAAGGUUUGGGCUGUGGCCUGCUUCGCCCCUCAGAAACAGUGUCGAGAGGAUCUGCUCAAGAGCUUCACUGACCAGCUGCGGAAGAUCUCCAAGGAUGCAGGGAUGCCCAUCCAAGGCCAGCCGUGCUUCUGUAAAUACGCCCAGGGAGCUGACAGUGUGGAGCCCAUGUUCAAACACCUCAAGAUGUCCUAUGUUGGCCUUCAGCUUAUUGUGGUCAUCCUGCCAGGAAAAACCCCUGUAUAUGCUGAGGUGAAGCGUGUGGGUGACACCCUCCUGGGCAUGGCCACCCAGUGUGUCCAGGUGAAGAAUGUAGUCAAGACCUCCCCACAGACCCUCUCCAAUCUUUGCCUGAAAAUCAACGCCAAGCUCGGCGGCAUCAACAACGUCCUGGUGCCGCAUCAGAGGCCCUCUGUGUUCCAGCAGCCUGUGAUCUUCCUGGGUGCAGACGUCACUCAUCCUCCGGCAGGCGACGGAAAGAAACCUUCGAUCGCUGCUGUGGUGGGGAGCAUGGACGGUCACCCCAGUCGGUACUGUGCUACGGUGCGAGUCCAGACGUCUCGACAGGAUAUGUCCCAGGAGCAACUCUUCAGUCAGGAGGUCAUCCAGGAUCUGACCAACAUGGUGAGGGAGCUGCUCAUUCAGUUUUACAAGUCAACUCGCUUCAAGCCCACACGCAUCAUCUACUACCGCGGCGGUGUGUCGGAGGGUCAGAUGAAACAGGUUGCAUGGCCCGAGCUGAUUGCCAUCAGGAAGGCGUGUAUCAGCCUGGAGGAGGAUUACAGGCCCGGCAUCACUUACAUCGUGGUCCAAAAGCGCCACCACACCCGUCUCUUCUGCUCCGAUAAAGCUGAGAGGGUGGGCAAGAGCGGCAACGUCCCUGCCGGCACCACAGUGGACAGCACCAUCACACACCCGUCUGAGUUCGACUUCUACUUGUGCAGCCACGCUGGCAUCCAGGGAACCAGCCGUCCGUCCCACUAUCACGUCUUGUGGGAUGACAACUGCUUCACGGCCGAUGAGCUGCAGCUCCUGACCUACCAGCUCUGUCACACCUAUGUCCGCUGCACACGCUCCGUUUCAAUCCCGGCGCCGGCCUACUACGCCCGGCUGGUGGCUUUCCGAGCCCGGUACCACCUGGUGGACAAAGACCAUGACAGCGCCGAGGGCAGCCACGUGUCGGGCCAGAGCAACGGCCGGGACCCCCAGGCCUUGGCGAAGGCGGUCCAGAUCCACUACGACACCCAGCACACCAUGUAUUUCGCUUAAGCUAGCGAGCGCAUCAAUCAAACUUCCCCUCCUCCUCCACCUCCUCUUCCUCUUUCACUUCAGUGUGUUUGUAUCCUCGACGCCAGUCCUUUCUUUCUCCGUAUCGUCCGUCUCUUCGCACACACACUUAUGUAUCAGCACCAAAGCGGCUCUUGGACAUGGUCUCAGUGUCCAGCAGCUCUUAGACGGGACAACCAGCGUUCCCCAUCGAGCCGCCAUGAAACCAGCAACCCAGCACUGACGGUCCCCGCCGCGGGUUCCGGACGCAUCGAAGGAAGCAAACCAGAUCCGCAGAAUAAGUUGAGCCAUUAUUUUGUUUUUCUGUACAACGUCUGCACUCUUUUUUUUUUUUUUUCCUUUUUUUGUUUUUGUUUUAUAACAACACAACCUGAACUGGCGUCAUCCGGGCCAGCGGCCAUCUUUAGCUCACCUAGCUAAGCCAGGACUCUUAUCUACUUUUUACCUCAAAGCCCUUUUGGGCACAAUCUGUCACAAGGUCUUGGGUUUAUGGGGUGGUGGGGGGAGGGAUCUCGUUUGGAGACGGACGGGAGCUGACCUUUUCAGAAAGAUAUAUUUUUUUCCUUUUUAUGCGCGUGUGUUUUUAGAUUUCCUCCUUCACUGUCUUUUACAAGCGAGGUGACCUGGGUGUCCAUGCCCAUAACUACUUUCCUCCCAUGUUGCGUGUAUGUGUGCGUGCAUAUCUGUAUAUACAUAUACUGCUGUGUGUGUGCGUGUGUGCGUGUGUUUGUGUCAGAGAGAUUUUCAUGGCAGGCCACUGAAUUGUAAAGGGAAAUCGACGAGUUAACUGCUGUAAAUGCCUCAGAUGUGUUGUUUUUAUAUUCACACAUACAGUAAACAUAUAUUUACAUCUAUAAAGCGACAGUGAGACAUAUGAACCCAGACAGACCUGGGUCGCUUAUUUUAAUUGAAAUCGACUUCAUAUUGGUGGGCGGAGCUUGGCUCCUUUGGGAUCAACUCAACCUCAAAGGUGGGUCUGAUGUGUAGCAGUAGUAACCGUGGUCUGGUCUGGGACUGGCUCAGCAUUGGGACCUGUUGGGCUGAAGGUGUUCCAAACCUCCUCAGCCUUUUUUUUUUUUAUCUCUGUGUCAAGAUCCUUUUUUUUGUUUUGGACCUGAUGAUCUAACAGAUUAUAUAGUUUGUUGUUUUUAGACAUAUAACGGGCCGGGAACCAGCAUACCUUUGUUCAGUCUCCUUUCUGGCCAAUUCAUUGCACUGACCCGGGACGCUAGGCAAGCAACAGAGGGCGCUCUCGACCUCUCUUACCUUUAUGCAUUUAUACAUACGAAUCAACAAAGCAGAUUUGUAAAAGUUUAAUAUAAGAUGUUUUUUUUCUGGUUAUCUUAAGACGUUGUUUAGAAACAAGUAGUUGAUGUUGUUGUUGAUGUUGUCGUUGUUGUGCUAUCGUGAUGAAAUGUUUUGGGCAGUGACGCUGGGUGUGUAGUGACCAGCGCAGGUGAAGGGGGGGUGUAGAUUUUUCUUUGGGUUGUUUUUGUAGCAUAAUAGCGAGGAGAAGAAGACGAACGGCCCCGGGGUGGAUGACAUCGUGUUUGUUAGCGAGGGAAGCGGCUCGGAAGCGCCGCGUUCAGGGCGACAAUCUCGGAUCAAAUUUGUUUCAAAGCGGAAGUGGUAUUUUUAGAAUUUCUAAAAACGGUUUCUAUUACUCUGUGUAUAAAUAUAAUCAUUGUAAUCUAUUUAAAUGUUUUUCAUGUUUUUAACGGACAUUUUUAAACACUGGAUUAAAGCUAGUAAGCUCGGCGACCCCCUCCGUAAGCUAUUUUUGACUGUCACGGUAAAACCUACAUGGCUACUUUCACAACAUGCGAGCACAACCACGAAUUGUUGUUUUGGAGUCACGGUGACUCGCAUCGUUGCGGGAUGCAGCUUCCCAAACAACCGGAGAUUCUCCUGCGCAAACGUAGCCAUGUGUGACAGCUCCGAAAGUAGAACCACCGUAGCGUUGGGCGAUGGACGCGCGGGAACGUUGGUCGGCGGUGCACGCCUCACCAGGGGGGUCCGCUCGCUGAAAACCCUUUUGUAAUAAACCACCCGUAAAGCAGCAGGUUUACUAUGAAUGAGUUUGAGCACCUUCCUGUUGAAGGCGUGCACACGGGUGUCGGCCUCGGAGCGCUAGGGCGCGGGAAUUAAAGGGUGUUUUUACGGUGGGCGUUCGCAGGUGUGGAACUCCUCUGCACUGAUCUCCACAUUCACCAAAUUCCAUUUCUAUAAAGAACCGUGACGCAGCAAUAUUACCCGACUUCAGUCUCUCACCAUCUGGGGAAGCUCAUUCUUACCGUUGUGGUGGUUGUUCUACUCGCUAUCGUGUCUCUGUUCUUAAUUUUUUUUCUUAUUUUCUAUUUAAUUUGCUUGUAUCAAUCAGUGGGAAUGUGCAUUUGGUGGUAUAGUUGUGUAGCAUUAGACUAUUUUCGUUCCGAAAUGUAACCUUUGCUCGCCUGCAUGCCGGAGUAUUGUCCUGUUUUUUUAAGAAAAAAAAGGAAAAAAAAUAUUUAUUAUCACAUCAGAAAAAUAUAAAAAAUCUUUUUUUUUUUUUGAAAAACGGAUGGAUUUUAUUGGGGCUUUUUUCCUUCUUUUUUAGGCUAGCAAUAUGUUGUUUUUUUUGUUUUUGUUUUUAUGUCGGUGAUGAUCUGGACUGGAUGGGAGAGGGGUCGGCUCUUUGCGCUGCGUUCACAUUUAAGCGAGGUAACUUCUUCAGUCCUGAACACGUGAAAGACCGGACCUCUCUCCGCUCACAGCCAGGUGACAGCAGCUGAGUGUCUCCAUGGCAACCAAGCUGACUCCUCCCCCACAUCCUCAGAAAUGCACUUCUUCGUGAACAGGUCGUCAUAGUGACCUUUCAAAAAAAAAAAACCAACAAAAAGCUCUGCAAAUUAUUUUUUAACGCAAUCAUUAUCAUAAUUAAUUUUGUGUAUUUUAAUUGUUUGACUAUCUCUUGUUUUUUUUUUUUUUUCUUGGGGGGGGGGAGAGCUCUGCUUUUCGGGUUCCUGAAGCUAUUCGUGAGUGGAACGCACCAUUUUCUGUCAAUGGUUUCGUUCCUGCUAUGUGAUUGGAUGUUGUACAAGAAAGGGGCGGAGCUUCACAUGGACCUGCCACUCUCAUGCUGUCCUUGCUCUAAUAUACAUGUUUGAAUACACCUUUCAUUUUUUUAGCCUGCAGGGAAUAUUGUGUUCAUGUGCAAAGUAAUAAAAUGUUUUUUUUAUGCCUCACAA